AUGGGCACCGGACUACGACUGGACAAGGCGCUGCUAGAGGUGCUGGAUGCCGCCGACCUGCAGGGCUUCCGACGGCAGCUCUGCCACGAGCUCCAGCUCACGAAGCUCGAGCACUUCGAGCACGCGAAAGAGCGUGACCUGCAGAACGUCGGCCUCUCCCUGCCCGCAAUCCGUCGAUUGCGUGAAGCGAUCCAGGAGAAGAAGCGGGAACUGAGGCGACAUCCGGAACGGGCUGCCCUCACAGUCCAAGUGCCGAUCGACGAUUCCCGGCUGCCGCCAGAACUCUCGCAGCCGGGCACAAGCACGAUUCAAAAAGAACAGAUCAAACUCCUCGAGAAGCUUGGUGAAGGCACGUUUGCCGUGGUGAAACGAGCCUAUUGGACGACUCCUAGCGGCGAGAAGCUCGAUGUUGCCGUCAAGAUACUUAGGGAUGCCUCGGAUAUGGUGAUGGAAGAUCUACAACGAGAAAUCGACAGUCUGCAGAAACUGAAAAACCCGAACCUGAUUCGACUCUACGGCGUGGUUUUGGAUGCGGGCUGGAUGGUGUUCGAACUAUGCGAAGGUGGCAGUUUGCUCGACCGACUCCGGGAUCGAAAAAAGGCGCAGCUGCUCGUUUCAUCGAUGCUCGAGUAUUCGCAACAGAUCACGAAGGGCAUGGCCUACCUGGAGAGCAAAAAAUGCGUGCACCACGACAGCGCCAGGAAUAUCUUGCUGUCGACGGAUGAGCGG